UUACCGUGACAUGGGAUGAGUACAGAGUGUUAUCGAUGUUAUAAUGCUGUUUCCACAAAGAACAAAAUCGCGAUUGUGACUUUAAUUUAACAUUUAAUUUAAUCGGUUUUCAAGUUUAAAAUACUCGUUCGAUAACAGUCAACGCUAAAUUGUCAACGGUUCAAUCAUUAUCUUCGCUAUUAUCACAUUGUACUUGCGGCAAAAAUUAAUUAUUUUUUUUUGUUAUUGCGAUGGACGCACAUUCAAAAGUUGAAAUAGUUUUGAAUGAAGACGAAGAAAACGAAGAGGAAAAACGUUUCAACGAAAUUAUCUGUUACGAUAGUGGUGACAGUGAUGGAGAGUUGAAUGAAUUUGAGUCGAGCGAUACAACUGCAACCAAUAGUGAGAUUUUCUCAGAAAAUCAUGUGAGAAAUGAACAUAUUGUGAUCGAUGCGCCCGAUCCCGAUAAUGGAACUGAAACGGAGAGAUCGAUAAAGAGGUCAAAUGCCGCCCAAAUGAGAAAAUACCGAGCCAAACAGCGACGUGAUCCGGUACGAUAUCGACAAUAUUUGGAACGUGAACGAAUGCGAAACUAUAAGCGAAAAUAUGAGAGGCGAGUCCAAGUAGCACAAGAGAAGGCGCAGGCACUAGGUAUUCCCUACGUUGUAGUAGAAGCGCCAAAUGCUCGUAGAGGAAGGAAGCCAAAGUGCAGUGGUGUCUCAUUGGUUUUGCCAUCGAAUUAUGAUGCUUUUGACAUUGAGGACAAAUCACUGUGGAUCGAUUCGGAUGAUAAGUCACCCGACGUUGAAUUGAAGCAAUCAGACGACCGUAGCCAGGAACAGAAUCCUCAAAUAUCCGUCGUGAACAUCAACAAAUUGAUGGCGCAUCCACGGUCGGCUCUUCAAACACUAUUACCGCAAGAAGUCAACGACAGAGAGCGACUUAGUAAUUCUAUUAAAUUGGAACAUGAUUAUGUCAUGCAUGAACAAUUUUCGGUGCAUGGCCGUAAACCUGUGAAACAAUACGGUAAUAGUAAACACAAACGCGACAGAGACGAGUUGCUGAAGCUACAGCAGCAAUGCAGAAAUUUCGUUUUGAAAUCAAUUGAAGGUCUUUCAAACGAACGGAGUCAGCGAAACGAACGGAGUCAGCGAAACGAACGGAGUCAGCGAAACGAACGGAGUCAACGAAUCGAAGGGAAUCAGCGAAAUGAACGGAAAGAGCGAUACAAACGGAGUCAGCGAAACGAACGGAGUCAACGAAUCGAAGGGAAUCAGCGAAAUGAACAGAGAGACCGAUAUAAACGGAGUCAGCGAAACGACCGGAGUCAGCGAAAUCAUCGAAACGAACGAAGUCUCAAAGAGCGUGUUGAACACGAAGAUCUGGAUGAUUUGUUCAAAGAACUUGCUGAAGUAGCAACUAUGAAACCUCCAAAGAAGAGACAAGCAUCGUCACAUCAUAAGACUUCGCCAGGCCAACGCUCAACUCCUAAAAAAUCGUUUUUGAAAGAGUUAGAGCCUCAAAGCACUUGUCAAUUUUCGUUGACCGUUCCUAUGCCUGUAAAACCGAUUGCUGCGUCACCGCAAAGAAGUGUUGAAAUUAAGGAAGAGCCCAAAAGUCCAGUGAGUCCAUGGAACUAUGAAAAGCGUGAUAAAUGUAAAGGCAUCAGCAUACCAAACGAUAAUAUUUGGCUUGAAAAAAGUGGCCAUGGAAAGGAUGAGGCCUACAUGGAUAUUAGAAAUUCGAUCGAAAUCAAACAGGAACCAAUGUAUUCUGAUAACGAUUUCUUUUGAGCAGUAACUAUUCGGGCGUGGUCUCUCAUUGUUAUUCAAGUCUUCGUUGGUUGAUGUAAAUAUUAUGCAGUGUGUGAAAUAUACGGAAAUAUUUUAAA